GGAAGCGGAAGUUGGGCCGGCUGGGGCGCCCCCGAGGUAGCGGCGGCGGGGGAGGAUGAACGCGCCUCCGGCCUUCGAGUCCUUCCUCCUCUUUGAGGGAGAGAAGAAGAUCACUAUCAAUAAGGACACCAAAGUCCCCAAUGCCUGUUUGUUCACCAUCAACAAGGAGGACCACACCCUAGGAAACAUCAUCAAAUCACAGUUACUGAAAGACCCACAGGUGCUGUUUGCAGGCUAUAAAGUCCCCCACCCCCUGGAACACAAAAUCAUCAUUCGUGUACAGACCACUCCAGACUACAGCCCUCAGGAAGCUUUCACUAACGCCAUCACAGAUCUGAUCAGCGAGCUCUCUUUGUUGGAGGAACGAUUCCGGGUUGCUAUCAAAGACAAACAAGAAGGAAUUGAAUAGUUCUUGAUGUCUCCCCCAUGCAGUUUCCAUAGGAGUAGGGGCACAGAAACUCUUCCUCCCCUUCAAUGUCCAGUUGGUAUGAAAAACUGAAUGGGGAAAACCUUAUCGCUUUUCUCUUUGGUGGACAACUCCUGUAAUUUGCUCAUAAAAUGUAUUUCUUACUUCUGA